UGUGCUAAACACAUUUCAAACAGGCAUUAAAAUAAGUAAAAUAAGUUUAUUCCAAAUUUUUAGUUGGAAAUGAUAUUGGUUUAAACGAAAAUUUUAAGUGCACUAUGGCGGAUCCAGAUCUUAAUGAUCUUGAAGAGACUGUGGCCCCGCCCAUAGGCGGCGAUAUCAACUUCAACUUGAACAACGAGCGAUUAGAUUGCGAGCAUUUGGAUCAAAUGACGGAUAACUGGACGGAUUUGCAAAGGCCCUCGUUCGUCACCGCUCUGCUGCGAUUUUUUGGCAAUGUUUUUGUCGACAUAUUCAAUGCGAUCUUCAGUUGAAAAGCUAUACAAGAAUCCCCGUUUAUCCGUAGUCAACCGAUGUAUCACCUGAAAAGGUUCACCAAUUUACCAAAUAAAUUGUAGUAUAAA